AUGGCUCCCAUUACUCCUAGAAUCCCUAGAUAUAAUGCUAGAAAUAGCCUUACCCAGGUCGCAGUUGGUCGUGUUGAGCAACAUCUUGUUGUACCUGCUGUUACCCAAGAACAGUGCAUGACAGAAAUGUCAACUCGCCUUGAUAACAUGGGCGCCAUGCUUGGAUCCCUGUACAAUAGAUUUGGUCAAUUUAUUGACGUUCAAAGAAGAAACACCAAGACAGUUGGUGCAAUUGCUAUGUCUUUGGCAUCCACAAGUAGACAAGUUUUCUCUGCAGUUGCCCCAUCUGCUGCCCCAUCUUUCGACCAAAUGUCUGAAGAAGAGACAAAAGUUGCAGUUUUGGCCUUAAUCAGAGAGAAGAUCUGGAAAAAGACCUUCAGAUCUAAUAAUCCUACUGAGAUUGCCAAGAAUGAAGCAAGACAAAAAUAG